UCUAUGAUUAAAUCACAGUGUAAGAUUUGUUGACGUCAUCACGGUCAUGCAUGCACGCAUGCGCUAAGUUGUUUGUUUACUUGGUGAGGUCACAAACAGCUUAGCAAAAAGGAACAAAGCCGAAUAAAUGCAAAGAUGUCUUCUGGAGGAUUCUUCACAGCCACUGGUGGUGGCUAUGCAGUGACUCCUGGCUACCAACCAGUAGGCUUUGACUCUCCUCCUGCGUAUGCUUCUAACCCCAGUGCACCCCCUCCCAAUGGUCAGCCAGCUCCUCAAUAUCCUGGCAACCAAUUGCCUCCCUACUACUAUCCACAAGCACCCAGAGGGCCUCCACAACAACAGUGUGCCCAGUAUCCCCAAGCAGGCUAUGUUCAACAACAGAGUAGUAACAACGUGGUGGUCGUCCAACAGUCAGCUGCUGCAUUUCCAGUGGUAGUACGACCAGAUGGCUAUCAACCAGAGGCUGGACAAGCUGCUCUUGUCUUUGCUAUGAUCAUCACUAUCUUUUCUCUCAUCUUUGGUUGUUGGUGGAGCGUUGUGUGCAGCAUACCAGGGAUUGUGUUUGCAAAUUCUGCUACGAGUGCUGGUAUCCAUGGCAACCUUGAGGGUGUCCGUUCAAACAACCACCUCUCCUACGGGUGCACUAUUGGAGCUAUUGUUGGAGCUGUCGUGGGUGUGGGGGCUAUUGUGGGGCUCGUGUUUGGGCUAACAACAAAUCGAAACACCUGCUAUUAUAACUACUACUACUGCUACUAAGGAGCAAGGGAACAGUGAACUGUGAACUAUUGUGAUAUUAACUUUACUAUUACUUUUUUGCCUAUACCUUAUAUGCUUAUAAUUAUACUACCAUUUGAUUGCUUAUUAUUAUUAUAUAAUUCGUCA